GAGGAUAUUUCGCUUAGAGAAAACGAAACUAUUUUUAAAUGUAGUGCUUAUGACUAGUGCGGUAACCACUGCACAAACAGCAUUCUCCUGGCGUUUUUAUACUAACAUAAGCCUCAGCAGCAAAGACAAUUGCUACCGGGAAAAUAACCUUCAAUUGUGUUUUUCGCAACCGAUUCCUCUUUUUUGCUGUUGUAAAGGGCCGUUAAACACGGAAACAGGAGCCUGGCGACGUUAUUCCGCAACAGAAAGUUAUUUUGUACUUUCACAGUGGUUUGCCUACUUGGUGAGAUAAAAGUGGGAAGACCGGCCUCAAGCCAGGACUUCCUGGGGGCUCCCGGGAGCGCCGCGGGCUGCGUGUUCCCCGCGCGCCGGCAGGAGGCGCGCGCUGCCUGGAAACGCCCCAGCGGCGCCCGCGCCCAGAGACCCGCCGCGGUGACGCAGCGAGAGCCCGGGAGGAGGCGCGGGAACGCGCGUUGGGGGUCAGGUGCCGGAAGAGGAAACCUCUCGCUGGGGCUAGGAGUUCGGCGGGGCGCGCGCGCCGGCGGUUGCGGAGCUGGCAGGUGCGAGGCGUCUGCACCUGGCGGUCGAUGGCGCCCGAUGCGGGCGCCCCGGGAUAGCGUGGGCAAGGCUGCGGGGCCCCGGCGCGCACGCCCGCACCCCUCCCCAGCCCUGGCGUGGGCCCAGCCCGGCCCAGGCAGCAAUGGGGUUCCUGCAACUGCUGGUCGUAGCGGUGCUGGCAUCCGAACACUGGGUGGCUGGUGCAGCCGAGGUCUUCGGGAACUCCAGCGAGGGUCUUAUUGAAUUUUCUGUGGGGAAAUUUAGAUACUUCGAGCUCAAUAGGCCCUUUCCAGAGGAAGCUAUUUUGCAUGAUAUUUCAAGCAAUGUGACUUUUCUUAUUUUCCAAAUACACUCACAGUAUCAGAAUACAACUGUUUCCUUUUCUCCGACUCUCCUUUCCAAUGCCUCGGAAACAGGCACUGCCAGUGGACUGGUUUUCAUCCUUAGACCGGAGCAGAGUACGUGCACUUGGUACUUGGGGACUUCAGGCAUACAGCCUGUCCAGAAUAUGGCUAUCCUACUCUCCUACUCAGAAAGAGAUCCUAUCCCUGGAGGCUGUAAUUUGGAGUUUGAUUUAGAUAUUGAUCCUAACAUUUACUUGGAGUAUAAUUUCUUUGAAACGACUAUCAAGUUUGCCCCAGCAAACCUAGGCUAUGCGAGAGGUGUAGAUCCCCCACCAUGUGACGCUGGGACAGACCAGGACUCCAGGUGGAGGUUGCAGUAUGAUGUCUAUCAGUAUUUUCUGCCUGAGAAUGACCUCACUGAGGAGAUGUUGCUGAAGCAUCUGCAGAGAAUGGUCAGCGUGCCCCAGGUGAAGGCCAGUGCUCUCAAGGUGGUUACCCUAACAGCUAAUGAUAAGACAAGUGUUUCCUUCUCCUCCCUCCCGGGACAAGGUGUCAUAUACAAUGUCAUUGUUUGGGACCCGUUUCUAAAUACAUCUGCUGCCUAUGUUCCUGCUCACACAUAUGCUUGCAGCUUUGAGGCAGGAGAGGGUAGUUGUGCUUCCCUAGGAAGAGUGUCUUCCAAAGUGUUCUUCACUCUUUUUGCCCUGCUCGGUUUCUUCAUUUGUUUCUUUGGACACAGAUUCUGGAAAACAGAAUUAUUCUUCAUAGGCUUUAUCAUCAUGGGAUUCUUCUUUUAUAUAUUGAUUACAAGACUGACACCUAUCAAGUAUGAUGUGCAUCUGAUUCUGACAGCUGUCGCUGGAAGCGUCGGUGGAAUGUUCUUGGUAGCUGUGUGGUGGCGAUUUGGAAUCCUCUCGAUCUGCAUGCUCUGUGUUGGACUAGUGCUGGGGUUCCUCAUCUCGUCAGUGACUUUCUUUACUCCACUGGGAAACCUAAAGAUUUUUCAUGAUGAUGGUGUAUUCUGGGUCACUUUCUCUUGCAUAGCUAUCCUCAUUCCAGUAGUGUUCAUGGGCUGCCUAAGAAUACUGAACAUACUGACUUGUGGAGUCAUUGGCUCCUAUUCGGUGGUUUUAGCCAUUGACAGUUACUUGUCCACAAGCCUUUCCUACAUCACUUUGAACGUACUCAAGAGAGCGCUCAACAAGGAUUUCCACAGAGCUUUCACAAAUGUGCCUUUUCAAACUAAUGACUUUAUUAUCCUGGCAGUAUGGGGCAUGCUGGCUGUAAGUGGAAUUACGUUACAGAUUCGAAGAGAGAGAGGACGACCGUUCUUCCCUCCCCACCCAUACAAGUUAUGGAAGCAAGAGAGAGAGCGCCGAGUGACGAACAUUCUGGACCCUAGCUACCACAUUCCUCCAUUGAGAGAGAGGCUCUAUGGCCGAUUAACCCAGAUCAAAGGGCUCUUCCAGAAGGAACAGCCAGCUGGAGAGAGAACGCCUCUGCUUCUGUAGAUGCCCAGGGGCUUGGUCAGUGUGCCUCAGCUUUGGAGUUCAUGCCUGGAGUGGUUCAACAGUCUCUGGUGCAAGUCUAAUAAGAGAUCAGGCAUAUAUAUCUGUUCUUUGCAUAAUAUUAUGGUGCCCUUAUUGAUAUAUGGUAAGGGUAUACUAGGGGAUUAGGAUGACUCUAAGAGAAUGAGAAAGAUGACCAAAAGGUUGGUGGUAGGGAGGCUUUUUCUUAUUUCCAAAUACUUGAGAAAUUACCUUUGGUUUACAAAUCUAUGAUCAACUUAUUCCAUUAAAUAGAUACAUUAAAAAAAUUAAAAACUGAUUCUCCUGCA